CUGGAAUAAAUAAGAAGAAAAUACUAGCACCAGCAAAAUCAAGAAAUCUGUGCGGCGACUGCCAAUCCCUUAUCAGAAAGGGUUCAAAGUCAUCAAUUUUUUUCUUUUCCUAAGUUUCUUCUUUCCCCACUGAAGGCCCCAGUCUUUUCCUCGCAGUUCUGACAAGGCUGUUGAAUAGUUUGUCAUUUGAUUAGGAUCUGCAUAGGUAGGGGGACAGAUGGGAGAGAGAGAAAGAAAAUAACCUUUUCCCAAAUCCCUUUAGCAGGCGAUGAAUAUAAUUAUGGGCUGUUGCUUUCUCAAAGGCUAAGCAAGACGUACAGUCUGUUCUGAUUGCGUGUACUCUCCUUCUAUCAGGAGGCCCGAUGUGGUUACGUUAUCAUCCUGAUGGCACUGCUUUGGUGCACAGAAGCCUUGCCGUUGGCUGUCACAGCGCUCUUUCCCGUCCUGCUCUUCCCACUCAUGAAUAUCAUGGAUUCAACAGCAGUCUGCAGGGAGUAUUUGAAGGACACCAAUAUGCUUUUUAUUGGGGGACUGCUGAUGGCCAUUGCUAUUGAGAAGUGGCACCUACACAAGCGCAUUGCUCUGCGGGUCUUACUAAUCACUGGUGUCAAACCAGCCCUACUUCUCAUGGGUUUCAUGGUUGUGACUGCCUUCCUGUCAAUGUGGAUCAGCAACACAGCCACCACUGCCAUGAUGGUGCCGAUAGCACAGGCAGUGUUGGAUCAGUUGCAUAAGUCAGAAAUGGAGUCUAAAACAGCUGGCCAAGAGUCUGAGAACAUCAAUAAAGCCUUUGAACUGCAAGAAGAGCCAACUAAACCAAAUAAAGAAGAGCCAACUAAAUCAAAUAACUCCACAGAAACAGAGCAAAAAGGUGAAUGGGUUAUGGACGAGAAGCACAAGAAACUCUCCAAGGGAUUGUCUCUCUCUAUUUGUUACUCAGCCAGCAUUGGAGGGAUUGCAACUCUGACUGGGACAACACCAAAUCUGGUACUGAAAGGACAAGUUGAUGAACUCUUUCCUGGCAACGGUAACAUCAUCAACUUUGCCUCUUGGUUCUCUUUUGCUUUUCCCACCUCCGUCAUGUUGCUGGUUUUGGCCUGGAUUUGGCUGCAGAUAUUGUACUUGGGCUUUAAUUUUCAGAAGAAUUUUGGUUGUGAUAGAAGUCCUUCUGCAAAGGCUAAGGAGCAACAAGCCUAUGCGAUUAUCAAGGAGGAGAACAAGAAACUGGGCUCAAUGAAGUUUGCAGAGAUAGCAGUUUUGGUCCUCUUCAUACUGCUGGUACUGCUCUGGUUUACCAGAGACCCUGGGUUCAUACCAGGUUGGGCAACUGUUCUCUUCAACAAAAAUAACACAAGCUUUGUCACUGAUGCUACAGUUGCCAUCUUCAUUUCAGUUUUGUUGUUCAUCAUCCCUUCUGAAAUUGCUACCAGCACUAAAGACAAACAACAAGCAGGUAAGCUCACUAAAGGCAUCAAAACACCCCCAGCUCUCUUGGACUGGGCAUCAGUUCACCAGAAAAUGCCAUGGAACAUUGUAUUUCUGCUGGGAGGUGGUUUUGCCUUAGCCAAAGGCAGUGAGGAAUCUGGUCUGUCUGCAUGGUUAGGCACAAAAUUGACUCCUCUGCAGGAAAUCCCUCAUCCAGCUAUUGCUCUCCUGUUGUGUCUCCUUAUUGCUACUUUCACUGAGUGCACCAGCAAUGUGGCCACUACUACUCUCUUUCUCCCUAUUCUGGCUUCAAUGGCUCAAAAGAUCUGCCUCAAUCCACUCUAUGUCAUGCUGCCCUGUACAAUUUCUGCAUCACUGGCGUUCAUGCUCCCAGUGGCCACUCCCCCUAACGCCAUCGUCUUCUCAUAUGGACAUCUCAAGGUUAUAGAUAUGGCCAAAGCUGGAUUUGUACUCAACCUCCUGGGAGUCCUGACAAUAACUCUAGCCAUCAACACCUGGUCUUCAUCCUUGUUCAAACUGCACACCUUCCCAUCCUGGGCAAACGGGACAGGCUCAUGCUAGUAAUACAGAGAGACAAUGGAAACAACUACUGUAUCUGUUAGGACUGCAGUGUGAGCAAGACACAAGUUUUGCUGAGGCAGCGGUUUAGAGACGGGCCUAUUCUGUGGAAAAGGACAUGCUACCUACAAACAAAAUCAUUCAGUUGAUAGCAGCAAUAGAAUUGCCUAACAGUGCUGUUCUAGUUGCCAAUUUUGUUACCCCAGCAGUAAGACAAGCCAGUAACCUCUGGC